AUGUCCGAUGUGGAGGAUUACCUCCAGGAGGGGUUUGACCCCCGCGCAGUGACCGUGCCACGCCUUCGAUCCAUCCUGGUCACACACAAUAUUCAGUUUGGAAAUGCGAAGAAGCCGCAGCUCGUUGCGCUCGUUGAAGAGCACAUCAUGCCAGCCGUCCCCAGGCUGCGGGAGCAACGAGCCAGGGCCAAGCGCUCGAGCAUGGGCAUCGUUAAUGCUGGUAGUGCUGAGGACAACCCUGCCUGGGAUGAAAACGACCUGGCGCCCCCGCCAUCAGCCAGGCGAUCCAAAUCGCCGCGAAAGUCAUCAACAAGGGCGUCGUCGUCUAGGAUAAAAUCGGAGGAGGUGGAGGAUACCCCUGUGCAGCACAGAAGUCCGACAAAACGGGCAUCUCGGUCUGUCAGUCGAGCGCUCUCUCAUGCUGAAGAAACCCCAGAGUAUGAGGCGCCACGAUCUGUGCGCCGCAACCGGAGAACCGUCACCCCUCAGAUCAAGUCCGAACCGGACGACGAUAUGCCAUCUCUGCAGGAGGAUAGUGUCUUCACUGAUGACAAUCCAUUCCAGGGGAAAAGUUCACCUUCGCAGCCCAAGACCCCAGGAAGCAGGCGGCGUACGAGUGACUUCAAGUCAAAUCGCAGUUCACUCGAAGGCUCAGUGCGACGUCGAACAGGCGAAUACGAAGACGUCAAGCCCUUAGUCGUACCCAAGACUCGUCGCCAGUUUAGUCCACAGUAUGAUGAUGAUGACGACGACGACGAGGAUGAGGAUGUCUUAGAGCCAGGAGAAGAAUUCACACCUGAUGCGCAACUAGAACUAGAGGAGGCCGCGCAUAAGGGCGAGAUCUUGUUGCCGGUUCGCAAUGCCAGUCGCAGUCCUUCACGGAGUUUCAGUCUCUCAACCCCUAUUUUCACACUUUUGUUGGUUCUGCUUGGAUCAUAUGGUGUCUGGUAUAGGCAGGAGAAAAUCGCUGUUGGAUACUGUGGCCUCGGGAGACCAGCCAACGAGCUCUUACCACCAGAGGUGCCGGUCCCAACCUUUCUGAUACCGUUUGUAGAGCCUCAGUGUGAGCAGUGCCCCGCACAUGCUUACUGCUACGGGGACUUUGAGGCCCGUUGUGAGCCUGAUUUCGUGCUCCAGCCACACCCUCUGGCUCUUGGUGGUCUCGUUCCAUUGCCCCCUUCUUGUGAGCCCGACGGCGAGAAAGCUCGUCGGGUUCAUGCGGUCGCUGAUAAGGCCGUCGAGGAGCUCCGUGAGCGCCGCGCCCAGUAUGAAUGUGGCGAGCUGGUUGAUGAAGAAGGCAACCGACAAGACUCCCCAUCGAUGCUUGAGGAAGAUCUCAAGGAAACAGUCAGCCGCAAAAGAAGCAAGAGGCUGAAUAGCGCAGAAUUUGAGGAUCUUUGGGCUGCUGCCCUCGGCGAAGUUACUUCUCGGGAGGAGAUUGAGGUCGAGGCCGUACAAGCGUCCAGUCCCACCGGCAUUCCAAACCGCAGAAUCUCGUCCACCUCUCUCGCUCGCAUUCCACUCACCUGUGCGAUCAAGCGCUCCAUCCGGCUCGGAUUGGAAAAACAUCGAUUCACAAUUGGACUUUUAAUUUCCUUUGUUACGUUUAUCUUAUACUUACGGUAUCGCUACCGCAAACAUGUUACAACAUCGGCUCAAAUCCCUGCGUUAGUAGACCACGUUCUGGCACGUCUAGCAAACCAAAAAGAACUAGGCGAUGAGGAGAUCGAUGACCCAUGGCUUUUCAUGCCUAAUCUCAGAGAUGAUGUUCUUAGAGCAGUCCAUUCACUGUCAGAACGAGAGAGGAUCUGGCAACGGGUGAAGGCUGUUGUCGAUCAGAACAGCAAUGUCCGCACGUCCCAGCGCGAAGGCAGAAGCGGCGAAGUUGGCCGGGCCUGGGAAUGGAUUGGCCCCACCGCUGGCGAAGGAGCCCGGCGCCGGCGAAGCGGCAGGGUUUCGUGGAUUUCGGACACGAAGACGGACUCCCCUGAGCCCUCAAAGCAAGUCCCUGAAGUGAAGAAAUGGGAAGAGGCCAGACCAAUCUAUUAA